AUGAUGAAUCCUUAUAUCAGCUGGGCUCUCCUGCUUGUAGUGGCAGGUGGCCUUGGAUGGUACUACAACGGCCCCUCUCCUAAGGUCAAGGCCCCGAUCAAGGCAAUCACAGAGAAAGUCGAGAGUGUUCCGGCUGUGAAGAAACAGAAGCGGAAGACGAAGAAGUCCUCGGAAGCCUCCCCCGCACCCAGCAAAUCCGUUGAGGAGCAGCCUGCAGCUCAGACUACGAGCUCGCAGGUUGAGGAGCAGGAUGAGGAGAUCGACCGAAAGGAGUUGGCCAAGCGCUUCAACGCGGUGAAGAAUGGUAUCCCGGCUCAAACCAGUGCUCCUACCAGCAAGUCUGCCAAGAAGAAGAAGAGCAAGGGCGCCCUUCCCCAGCUCGAAAACGACGAGCGCUCGGCUUCUCGUGUCUCCACCCGCACUUCGUCUACCACUGGUGCUGAUGCCGACGACGACCUGUCUCCCGCUGGUUCCCCCGUUGUGAACGCCACUGUUCCUUCCGCUGGUUACAUCUCCGACAUGCUCGAGGCUCCGGCCCCUGGUGCUUCCGUUCUCCGCGUUACCGGCGCCGCACCGGCUGAGGCUCAGAAGAAGAAGGCCCAGUCUUUCAAGCAGGUCGAGACCAAGAAGCAGCGCCAACAGCGACUAAAGAACGAGGCCCGUAAGCAGCAAGUCCAGGAGGCUGAGGAGCAGAGACGCAAGUUGCUCGAGAAGCAGCUCCACACGGCCCGCGAAGCUGAGCGUCGCGAGGCGGCCAAGUUGACUCCUACUGCACCCCAGACCAACGCCUGGCAGACCAAGGCUGCUCCCAGCGCCACCGACGGUACUUCUCAGCCCGCCGUGGCCCCCAAGGUCGAGCUCUUGGACACGUUCGAGCCAGUUGCCGCCACUUCCAAGCCUGUCAAGGAAUGGGAUCAGGGUCUUCCCUCCGAGGAGGAGCAGAUGCGCCUUCUGGGUGCGGAGAACGGUCAGGACCAGUGGACCACCGUCUCCAGCAAGAAGAUCAAGAAGAAGAGCGGAAAGACGGACGAGAGCGAAGUCAGUGCUUCUGAGAGCCAGCCCACACCUGCUGCUCCUUCUCCCGCCCCCGUUGAGCCCAAGGUAAAGGUGACUCCCACCUAUCUCCCCGACAUCCUCCGCUCCAACCAGAAGGGACACCCUCUCGACUCCGACUGGGCUGCCUAA